UAAACAUUUUGGAAAUUAAAGAAGAGCUUAAGAAAAUUCCUGAGCAAGAAGCAAAAGCAGAGAUAAUAAAGAACUCCAUAGGCCCAGUAAUGUCAAUCAAAGUUAACGUAAAAGGUUUACCCGCAACAGGAAUGCUAGAUGGAGGCGCUCAAAUUUCGCUAAUAAGCUCAAAUUUUCUUUUAAAAAUGCUUAAAGACAAAGAGAUAGAACUAAAGAACAUUGGAUUUUCGAGAGCCAAAACAAAGAUUUCUGAUGUUAAUGGACAAAAGCUAGAAUGCCAUGGAAUUGUUGAGCUGGAAAUAAAGCGUUAA